GAAAAAAGCACAACCACCACAAAACUGAUAACAGCAGCGUUUAAGAUUUUCGGUUUAGGGACACAUUUAUUGACGAAGAAUAAUAAUCCACGGAUUUGAGGAAAAGUUACUGCAUUCAUCAUCAUCAUCAUGCCUCGGGGAAGAGCGAACAGCGCACUCUCUGACAGCAGUGACCUGGAUUUUGAUGGAAUUGCUGAAACAGAGAUGGCAAAGCUUCAGAGACAGUUUCGUAUGACGGAUGGUGAUCGUCAGGCCUACACCAUCCAGUCACAGGACAUUAUCCGCAAACAGAGGCAGGAGAUUUCUAAACUGCGUGAGGAACAGGAGGAACUGCUGCGCAGUCUGCGUGUGUCCGAAAGUCAGACGCGCAGACAGAGCGACAGUCAGGACAUUCAGAGUCUGAGAUCACUGCUGGACCAAAGAGACGCACUGGACGAGCAGCUGGAGAAAGAAAGACAAACUCAAUCACAGCUGGAACAGGAGAUCAUGGAUAUGGACAAAAAGCUGGCAGAACUGAGGAGAGGAGAAGUCUCAGUUUCUGUAAGUGACUCAUCUCAGGCCCGUCACGCUCAGAAAGCUGUUCGCACCCUGGAGAACAAACUGGACCGGGCUCUUGUUCGCUUUAAUGAACAGCUGACUAAAAACAGUCAGCUCAGAGAAGAGCUCGAAACCCUUCGUAUGGAGCGUGUCCGAUUUCAGCUGCUGCAUGGUAAACUGGAAAAGAAGCUGCAGGACAUUCGUAAGGACAUCGGUGAAGUUAUCGACAUGUCAACUACAGCUUAUGAUACAAGAGUGGAGGCUCAGGCUAAAAUGAGCAUGAUGAAAGAGAAGGCCGUGAAGGAUCUUGUACAAUAUUCGGCUGAGAUUAAGGAGCUGGAGAGAGUCAUUGCUCACGAACACAGACUCAAAGACUUCAUGAGCACCAAGUGUAAUGAGAGAAACGCACUAGAAGAUGAAAUCAUGCGCAGGACUGAGACGAAGGAGAGAAAGGCAGACUCUGGUGAAGAGACACUGGACACUCUUGAGGAGGUUUUCCAGAAGAUUCAGAGAGUGACAGGAGAGGAUGAUCUGGAGAUGUUGAUAUCAAAGUUCAUUCAAGUCGAGGACAGAAACUUUGCUCUCUUCAACUAUGUGAAUGAACAGAACACAGAGGCUGAGAUCCUUCGAGAACAAAUACAUCGGAUUGGUGAAGACAUCGAACAGUUUCGCUUGGAAGGUCUCCAGCGGGAACGGGAAUAUCAGGCGGCUUUAAAGCAGAUUAAAGAUCUACAGAGAGAACGUGAGACACAAGUUCAUCAGUUUGAAGCCCAGGCAGAUGAUAUCAGCAAAACCCUUGAUCAAAUUAAAACAGGGGUGGACAGUGUGUUCAGUACGAUUGACUGUGACCGAGCACUGGUGGGGUCUUUGCUGAGUUCCUCUGCUGGGAUUAAAGACAGUAACAUCAUGAUCUACCUCAGCCUGGUGGAGCAGAAGACCACAGAACUGCUCACCAUUCAAGCUUUCAUUAACUCGAAGGACCUGGAGAAAAGUUACGACUCUAAGGAGGCGGCUCAGUUCCUGCUGGGUCAGAACCCAGAGAUCCAGAGACAGACGGCUGUCGUCCAGCCUUCUCACUUCCGGCACAGGGACAAUGAGGUUGAGGAUGCACUCACAGAUGAGGAAGAUCGACCUUUGACUCAGGAAGAACUCCUCGAGCACAUCAGGAGGGGUGCCUUGAGCAAAAAGCGGUCGAUACGUAGAGGAGGGGCCAGAGAUGUAAAAACACCCAGCCCGGAGUCCAGCAGCAGAGAGCACUCACUGGAAGAUUAAAACAGACUUUGUGUUUAAUAAUAGCAAGUAGAUGAGAUGUUAUAACCUCAUUGUAACAGAAGGGGGCAGUAUGUAGCCAUGUUAUCAAAUGCAUCAGAUGAUAUUUGGCCCUCAUAUCUGGGAAAAUGUCUGACAGUAUAAAUGAAAACAUAUUUUCUUGUACCACAGUCUUUCGUUUUG